UCUGGCAAUGCUGCAAUUCCUGGGCUACGGGAGCCGUUUAUCCCUUUGCCUUCGCCAGCUGGCUGCUUCAGCCUGGACUGCUGCGGCGAGCAGGCCGAGGGGUUUGACAGCGGUGGUUGCACAACGAAGGAACUAUCCCAACAGAAGACUUAUAAAGGCGGUGUUUGUAACCAUGGCUACAGGCGGCAGUGAUGGGCCACCACGUUUGUCGGGCCCAAAGCCGAAGCCAAAGCAGCACACGAACCGAUUGAUCCAUGAGAAGUCCCCUUAUCUGUUGCAGCAUGCACACAAUCCUGUAGACUGGUAUCCAUGGGGAGAAGAAGCAUUUGCCAAAGCGAAGGAAGAAGACAAGCCAAUCUUUCUGUCAGUUGGUUACUCUACAUGUCAUUGGUGCCAUGUAAUGGAGCGGGAAUCGUUUGAAAAUGAAGAGAUUGGCAAAAUAAUGAACGAGAAUUUUGUUUGCAUCAAGGUUGACCGUGAGGAGCGACCGGAUGUUGAUAAAGUUUACAUGACGUUUGUCCAGGCAACAAGUGGAGGAGGCGGCUGGCCAAUGAGUGUGUGGUUGACCCCAGACCUCAAGCCUUUUGUUGGAGGGACUUACUUCCCACCUGAAGAUGGUUUCCACCGAGUCGGGUUUAAGACGGUGUUGAAGAACCUGGCUGAGCAGUGGAAGAGAAACCGGAGUGAGCUAACCGAACGCAGCAGCAAGAUCCUGGCAGCGCUGCAGAAGGGGGUAGCGGUGGGUGCUAACAAGGAAGCAAUGCCCCCACCAUGUCCUCAGGUGAUGGAGAGAUGCUUCCAGCAGCUGGCUCAUUCCUAUGAUGAUGAAUAUGGAGGGUUCCGUGAGUCUCCGAAAUUCCCUUCACCGGUGAACUUCAAUUUUCUGUUUCGUUUCUGGGCUUUGAACAAAACUGGAGAGAAAGGAGCCCAGGCACUGCAGAUGGCUUUGCACACACUGAAAAUGAUGGCCCUUGGAGGAAUUCAUGAUCACAUCGGGCAGGGCUUCCAUCGCUACUCCACAGAUGGGAGGUGGCACGUACCUCACUUUGAGAAAAUGCUGUAUGACCAGGGGCAGCUGGUUGUGUCCUAUACAGAAGCUUAUCAGAUAUCUGGUGAUACAUUCUUUGCAGAUGUUGCUCGAGACAUUCUGCUCUAUGCCUCGCGAGAUCUGAGUGAUCAGUCUGGGGGUUUCUACAGUGCCGAAGAUGCAGAUUCAUACCCUACAACUGAGUCCAUUGGAAAAAGUGAGGGAGCUUUCUGUGUGUGGACAGGGCAAGAAAUCCGACAGCUCCUCCCAGAUCCAGUCCCAGAUGCCACGCAUAGCGUAACCAUGGCGGAUGUCUUUGCCUAUCAUUAUGGCGUGAAAGGAAGCGGGAAUGUUGACCCAGCACAGGACCCUCAUGGAGAGUUAGAAAACAAGAAUGUCCUUAUUGUGCGUUACUCACCGGAGUUCACAGCUACCAAGUUUGGCUUAGAAGUGAAGAAGGUGAAAGACAUUCUGAGCACGUGUCGAAAAAGGCUGUAUGAAGCCAGGAAACAGAGGCCCCGUCCCCACUUGGAUAGCAAGAUGUUAGCAUCAUGGAAUGGUCUCAUGAUUUCUGGUUUCGCUCGAGCAGGCGCAGUUCUCGGGGAGAAGGUUUACAUUCAGCGCGCGGCACAAGCUGCUGCCUUCCUGAGGGAGCACAUGUUCGACUCCAGCAGCGGGCAGCUCCUGCACAGCUGCUACCAUGGAGACGAGGGUGCAGUGGAACAGGCAGCUAGACCGAUUGGCGGGUUUUUGGAUGACUAUGCAUUCAUUAUACGAGGCCUGUUAGACCUGUAUGAAGCUUCCUUUGAUGAGCAGUGGCUGGAGUGGGCCUUGAAGCUCCAGCAGAAGCAGGAUGACUUGUUCUGGGAUGCCAAAGGAUUUGCCUACUUCUCUGAUGAUGCCCUCGAUUCAUCCGUGCUAAUUCGCCUUAAAGAAGGUCAGGAUGGCGCAGAGCCCAGUGGAAACGCAGUGGCUGCUUCCAACCUUAUGCGCCUGGCAAACUUCACCAACCGGCCGGAUUGGGCUGAUAGAUCAAGGCAGCUCAUGGCAGCAUUUGUGAAACUGCUGAAUAGUAUGCCCAUGGCACUGCCAGAAAUGGUAAUUGCCCUGAUGGCACAACAUCACACAGUCAAACAGGUCGUGAUCCGUGGGGAGCGUGAAGCACCAGACACACAGAAGUUGAUACAGUGCGUCAAUACACACUUUGUGCACAACAAGAUAUUACUUUUGGCGGAUGGAAACUCCAAGAGCUUCCUCUACCAGACACUGCCCUUCCUGUCAACAUUAGGAUUGAAGGAUAGUAAAGCUACAGCCUACGUUUGCCAGAACUUCUCCUGCUCCCUGCCAGUUACCUCAGCCAGCGAGCUCCAGGCUUUACUCGUUAAAUAAUAAAGCAGUGCAACAGUGGGCAAACGGUUUGCUAUAAACCCUGAAAAUCUCAUAGAAUUCUUUGGAUUUAUUCUUUUUAUUUAGUGUUCAAGAGCAAUUUUAUGAUUUUUGUGAGGUGGACAAGCUAACAUUACUUCAAGAUGAUAGUACCAGUUAGGUGAUUGUAUACUUCCAAAGCAGAUUUUUUCUCAAUUAUUAAGUUAUUUAAAUGGUUGCAGUAUUUGAGCACUGCAGGUCACAAUUUGAUGUAAUGGAUUAUUAGCAAGAUAUAUGCAAACAUAAAGCAGUGUCCUUGUACUGUAGCAGUGCUGCCGAAUGCCAUUUCUUGGAUGAGGUUUUAAAUCCAUGCUCUGCCCUCUCGGCAUUAUUUUGAAGAAGAACAGGGGAGUUCUUCCUAAUGCUCUGGCCAAUGUUUAUCCCUCAGCCAACAUCAAUAAAGAAAAGAUCAUAUGA